UGCCCAUGCGAGCUAUGCGAGUGAGCAGCGCGAGAUGUCGCUAGCGGACGUAAGGUCGGCGCGCAGUUCGCCAGCGCCGGACGCCUGCCCCGAGUGCGACACUAGCGCCUCUGUUACCUCAGACUUGCAUAAGUACCAAGUGGCGUGCACAUGCAAGCCAUCGAAUGCGCAGUACGCAUGUGCAGACGACCCCGGUCCCCCACCGCCCGCCAAGACGGACACCCCUCCCGCUCUGCCCCCGCGACCGCCCACAAGUGUGCUCGCAGCGACCAACAGACGGACCAAUGCGUCAGUGGGCUGCAAUGGUACCGACAACUCCUGCCGACGUCGUAAGUACGCGUGGUGGUGUGUCGGUUGCGGUGCACUGGCGGCAGCGUUGGGCGGACUGUUAGCCGCGCAGCACAUCCUGCUGCGAGCGUAUACCGCCUCGCCGCAGCAUUUGGAGACCGUGCCGGCAGCAGUACCUGCCGCUAUGUUGGUGCUAACUGGUGUGUGCAUAAUGAGCCUGGCGCGGCGCAGAAAUCGGUACAGCUAUAUGGUAAGGAAAAUAAAAGUGGUCGGCGCUUGUUGUUUAGUUUGUGCAUUGACUUGCGUGCUGGUCACCAUUACAACCACCGUAAUUCAUAUGAAUAAAUUGCAGACAUUAAAGUUCUGCGAGUACACGAAGUUAACAAGGACGUGUACGUGUUACUCCGUGGCCACGGACUCACCGCACAGCGGUACGGAAGAAGAUGUGCGGUGCGUAUUCGAGGGCGUAUCGGAGUGCGGGGUGGUGCACGGCGCGCUGUACUGGUGCCUGCGCGGUGUGUUCGCGCUCUCCGUCAGCGCCGUGCUUGUCUGCAUCUUCAGCUGUAUGCUCGCUUACCAGCUGCUCAGUCAUGAACGUAAGAAGAUGUACUGGGAGCAAUUGGAGCUGAGAUGCAGGUCGCUGUACCGCCCGCCUACAGGCCAGGCCGCACCCGCUGCGGGCAGACCUGUACAGAAUAAUUGCAGCUGUUGCGCGCAGUGCCACACCACACAACCCGCGUGGGAUUUCAGUUUACAACAUAGAUUUUGGGCGCCAGGUCGUAUUGGUAAUUUGUACUCCCCGAAUCCCGGCGCAGCGCGAAAAACUUCCCCGUGGAGCUGGUUUCCCUGGCCAAGGAGUAACAGUCAAAACUCCCGUUGUCGCAUGGGUGGGGUACCACAGUCCGGGGACAGCGCUUAUGGAUUCUGUGAAAACGACCAAACUCCACAUAAUCCGACGCAACCUUACGACGAACGUUCCUAUCCACCGAAUUUCAAUCAACCAUUUCAACGAGGACAAAACUCGGGAAGUUUCUCCCAAAAUCCAACCAAUUUCGCUCAAACGUCGGGUAAUUUCUCUCAAAAUCCUGGCAAUUUUGCUCAAAAUCCUGGUAAUUUUACUCAGGGUCAGGGAAAUUUUGGACAAGCGAGUGGGUUCACGCAGGGCUUUCAAGAAGGAUUUGGCGAAGCGAGUGGAAGUUACGAUGCCCAGACAGGAGUGUGGGGGCCGCCGCCACCUUACAGUCCGCAAGGAAGGAGUGGUAGUAGGCAUCAUCUUCAUCAUCAAGAUCCUGCAGCUGCUACCCUGCUUCAUCACCAUCACAUAGACGUUCAUAGGAAUUCUAUGCCUGUCCAUGAACAUAGCAAUAUGCCGAUUCAACCGCAUACAUGUACAAGAAGUUCCUAUCUUAUGCACACGAACGUACAAAUGAAUCCAGACGUGACUCGUAUGAACCCCGAAAUCAGUAGAUUGAACCCAGAAAUAAGCCGUAUGAAUCCUGAAAUAAGCCGUUUGAACCCCGAAAUAAGCCGUUUGAAUUCGGAAUUAAGUUGUAUGAAUCCAGAAAUGAGUCACAUAAAUCAAAUGUAUCCGACUGACCCAAAUGAAAUAGCUCGGCUGCAAGCAGAAAUGGCCCAUUUGGGUCCAGAACGGUUUAAUACACUACGUGGUCAUUUGGUACCUUAUAGAGGAUGUCCUAGGUCAUUGGGUAUGAGCGCAGGGAAUUUACACAGAGAUUGUCGAGUGGACGAUACUGUCGCUAUAGAGUGCUUACAUCAGAAGAGUGCUAGUAAAGUGUCAGAUCAAAGCAUUGACUCUUGUCAGAAGCAGGGCAAGGAAAACUUAGGAUUCCAAAACGACAAACAUUCUCCAAUGCGGGCAUCAAUGCAAGACUGUCGCACGGCCAAUCAAAAUGCGGAGUCUGAAGUAUAUUUUGCAGAUGUAUCCAGUUGCUGUAAUGUCUCCGUUAAGGCCGAUUGUUGCAUAAAUCCAACUGUAUCAGCUCUCGUCGGCACCAUUGAGAAUCAUCCCGAAUCCACGUCAGAAUCCGAUACCGGAUCGUUUACUCUAACUAGGCAGCAACGCCCUCAGCCGCAAGUUGGCUCAAAACGUCGACCGAGACAAAGUGACAAACACAUGAAAAAUCAAGAAAAAAUACGCCAAGACUUAAAUAGUUCGGUUAGGUUAACAGAGCAACAAAUAGAGCAACUGAAUAAUUCAAUGAGAAUGAGUGAGCGCAUUUGUGACAGAAUAAAUGAUCCCAGAGUUAGUGACAGAAUGAACGAUUCUAGAAUAAGCGACAGAGUGAACGAUUCCAGAAUAAGUGACAGAAUGAACGAUUCUAGAAUAAGCGACAGAGUGAACGAUUCUAGAAUAAGCGACAGAGUGAACGAUUCUAGAAUAAGCGACAGAGUGAACGAUUCCAGAAUAAGUGACAGAAUGAACGACUCUAGAAUAAGUGACAGAAUGAACGACGCUAGAAUAAGCGACAGAAUGAACGAUUCUAGAAUUAGUGAUAGGUUGCACGAUUCUAGAAUAAGUGACAGGAUGAAUGAUUCUAGAAUAAGCGACAGAAUGAAUGACUCAAGAAUCAGUGAGAAAUUCAGUGACCCCCGUAUCAGUGACAGGAUGAAUGAAGUUCGUAUGAGUGAACGCUUGAAUGAUUCUAGAGAUCGACUAAAUGAUUCUAGAAUUGAACGCCUUAAUGAUUCGAGGAUUGAUAGAAUGAACGAAUCACGUGAUCGUCUGAACGAUUCAAGAGCUGAUCGAGUCGAUUCUCGAGACCGUUUAAACGAUUCUAGAGUAGAUCGAAUUGAUUCCAGAGACCGGUUAAACGAUUCGAAGAUCGACAGGAUGAACGAGAGUCGUAUUGAAGACCGCAGAAUGUCAGAUUUGAACGCUAGUAUACGUAUAGAGGGUAGUCCUAAGGCGCGGGCUCACAUUAGUCCAUUGCGUAUGCCUAGAACUAGUCCUAAGAACUUGCCAAAGGAUCAUCCGAGGCAAUCAAGUUCAGAUUCAAGUAAGCCAGAAUUUUUCGUGCCCCCACCACCUCUUCAUUCUCCUUUAUCUCCUAAUACCGAGGAGUCUCUUCUCUCCGACGAAGAUGACAGAAGAAAGGAUAUAGUGUACUCCAAUGAACCGGAAACUUCAAAGUGCUUAGGACCAGAUUCUCAGUACGAGCCUGUUAGAGACGUGAAAGAGGAAAUCCUGAAAACAAAUCACCACCAUUGCUAUAGUGACACUAAUACAAUGGAUUCUGGUUGGCAGAGUGGUUCUGAAAAACAAGUCACAGAUUAAUUUAGUUCAAUGCUUAUGUUAAUAUUUUAAAUUUGUUUUCUAUUUUAUGACCUUUUUAGUGUAGUUUGAAGAUCGGUCGACUUUUAUUGCAAAGUUCAGCUAUGGCAGUGAAACUAUACCUGUACGGGGUAAUAUUUAAGAAUAAGAAAUGUGUUCUCCUAAAAUAUAACUAAAUUCAACACUAUUUCAAAGUGUGAUACGACG